UCCCACCAUCUAUAGAGUCCCACAAAGCAUCCGACAACCAAACUGGCCUGCUUACGAGUCCCAGAUCCUCUCAAUCGGCCCAUACCAUCAUGGCAAAAGGACACUACAAGGUAUGGAAAAACACAAAUGGCGGUAUCUAGAUUCGAUCCUCGAACGCAAUCCCCUAAAGACAUUGAAGGACUACAUCAACGAGAUGGUGAAAUGGGAGUAUGUAGUGAGAAGUUGCUACUCUGACGAUGUAUACUGGGAACGCACUGAGUUCGUGGAAAUGAUUCUGCUUGAUGGUUGCUUCAUUGUAGAGUUCUUUAUCAAGCUAAAAAAGGAUUUACUCGAGAUGGACCCAUUAUUUAGUACGAGUUGGAUGUUGGUCCUCAUUGGGUAUGAUAUGCUGCUCCUCGAAAAUCAAAUUCCUUUCAUAGUUCUGUUGCGUAUCUUCGAAAUGGCUAUCCUUGAUACGCACAAACCAUUCAAGUAUUCAUUAGUGGAGCUUGCCUUUGAUUUCUUUUUUAAUUUCUUCCAUGAAAUCAUGCCUUCUGCUUAUAAAGUCGUGAUGAUGGAUUGCAUCCCUCGUCCUCAUCAUCUGCUCGAUUUGUUCCACUGGUAUUUGAUACCGACCCAGACUCUUAACAACCAGUCCAACCUUCCAAUAUUCAAUCGUACUGUUGAAUCGAAGAAACCAUUCUUCCUCUCGAAAGUUUUAUUUCCAUGUUCAAAUUCAGCCAAGUUGCCCAUUAGUAACCAUCAAUCACCACUAUUGUCGCCACCGUCAACCCCCCAAGUAACUUCAAAGAUGAUCCCUUGCGUGGCUGAGCUCCAACUUGCAGGGGUCAAGUUCAAGAAGAGAGUGGAGUGGAGUAGCAUCUUGGAGGUGAAAUUUAGCAAUGGAGUGUUGGAAAUCCCACCACUGUCCAUAAAUUCCUACACCAAAACUCUCUUUCGGAACCUUCUAAUGUUCGAAGAAUGCUACCCAAAAGCUAGAAUCUGCUUCAUGACUUACAUCGUCUUCAUGGAUUGCAUCAUCAAUACGUCCAAGGAUGUGGCGUUGCUCCAUCGGAAUGGGAUCAUAAAUCAUUUAAUGGGAAGCAAUGAGGAAGUGGCUCACCUAUUCAACUCGCUUGGCUAUGGGCUAUUUGAUUUCCAGAAUAAUUACCUUUCGGAUCUAUACAAGGAUGUGGAAAAACAUUGCAAGACGAAAUGGAACAUGUGGUGGGCGAGCUUGAGACGCAAUUAUUUCACCAGUCCUUGGGCCGGCCUUGCUACGUUAGCAGCUGCCAUCGUCAUUCUGGCCACCAUCAUUCAGGCGAUCUUCGCCAUCCUUUCCUAUAAGUGACCCCGUUCUAGUUCUUGAUCAUCAUAUUUUAAUGGUUAUACAUCCUAGGUCUCCUCGUUCCAUUAUCUAGCAUCUGUUAUUCAUGUAGCAUGUUUUAAUAUGGUUAUGCAUCCUAGAUCUAUUGGUUCCAUCAUCUAGCUUAUGUUCUUCAUGUAGCAUGUUUUAAUGGUUAUGCAUUCCUAGGUCACGUCAUUCCGGCCAUCAUAUAUGGCUCAUGUUCUUCAUGCAGCAUGUUUUAAUGAUUA